AUGCAUCUUAAUGAUCAAGUGUGCAAUCCAAAUGCUAUUAGAAAUAGCUUUCAUGAUAGUAUUAAAGAUGGUCCUUUAUACAUUUGUUCAUCAUGCACACAGACUUACUUCAAACACUCUGUUCAGAGAGUAGAUAGGACAAAAUUCAAACAUAAAGAUCUAAUGCUAGCUUGCCUUACAGGUUACAAAAGUGUUGGUAAUAAAGAAUGGGUUUGUAAGACUUGUGUUGGUGCUCUUGCAUCUGGGAAAAUUCCAGCAUGUUCAGUUGCAAAUGGUUUAAAAUUUCCUGAAAUUCCUGAUGAACUUAAGCUAACUCAAUUGGAAGAGCGAUUAGUUGCUCCUAGAUUGGCAUUUAUGCAAAUCAGAGAAAUGCCACGUGGAGGACAGUUGAGUUUAAAAGGAAAUGUUGUUAAUGUUCCAGCAGAUGUAAACACCACUGUUAAAAUAUUACCAAGGAUGCAGUGUGAUGAAGAUACCAUUCUUCUGAAAUUUAAACGGAAAAUGUCUUAUAAACAUCAUAUGUCAUUUGAAAAGAUCAGACCUAACAAGGUUUUUGAAGCAGCAAAGUGGUUGGUUAACAACAGCUUGUUGUUCAGAAAUGAAGGAAUACAAGUUGAUGAGAAUUGGAUGAACAACUACCAACAAUUAACUGAGGAUGAUAAUUUGUUAAGAGUAGAUGCUGGAAUACAGAAAGAGGAUAGUCCUGGUGAAGAUGAAACAGAUCAGUGGACAGAGGAUGAACAUUUUGAUAACAGACCAACUGGAAAUUUUGACACUUUGCUUCAUCCAGCAGAUUUUAGAGAAUUUAACCAAAUUCUUUCUUUAGCACCUGGAGAAGGCAAAACUCCCUUGGGACUAUUUCAGGACAUUUUUUCAGAAUUCUUGGCUUUCCCAACAAUUUACUGUGGCACAUCUAGACAAGAUAACACUUGUAGGACUGUACCAUUGCACUACAGCACAAUUUGUAAAUGGGAGUUAAGAAAUGUUGACAGAAGAGUUGCUAUGAAUCUCCCAAAUAUAUUCUACAAGUUAAAGAAAUUACAAAUCAAGCAGAUAAAGGACAAAGUUUCUUUGGCAAUGAGAAAAUGCAAAACAAAUGGGAAAAGAAUUACAGUUGAACAGGUCUUGUCCCCAGGUUUCAUUGAUGAUGUUGCUAUGCAUGAUGAAGGAUUUAGAGUGUUACGAAAACUUCGAGGUUCCCCACCAUACUGGGAGAGUGCAAAAAAAGAUGUUUUUGCAAUGAUCAAACAACUUGGUGUACCAACUUGGUUCUGUUCUUUCUCAGCUGCGGAGACUAGAUGGGUACCUUUACUUCAGUGUUUGGCUAAACUAGUUAAACAAAAAGAAUUGACAGAACAAGAGACCAUUGAAAUGACAUGGCAAGAGAAGUGUGAAUUAAUAAAGUCUGAUCCUGUAACCUGUGCCAGAUACUUUGACAAUAGAAUCCAGUGUUUCUUAAAUUCUGUCUUGAAAAGCCACUCUCAACCAAUUGGAGAAAUUGCUGACUAUUUUGGUAGAAUAGAGUUUCAGCAAAGAGGAUCACCUCACAUCCACCUUCUCAUAUGGAUAAAAGAUGCUCCUGUAUAUGGUCAGUCUCAUUUAUCAGAUGUUAUCAGUUUCAUUGAUAAAUAUGUCACCUGCAAAAAAGACAUAACAAUUCCAAGUCUUGUUAAUUAUCAGACACACAGACAUGCAAGAACUUGUAGGAAAAAAGGUAAAGCAAUUUGCAGGUUCAAUUUCCCUAUCCCUCCUAUGCCAUCAACUGUUAUUUUAGAGCCAUUGAAUGAUGAUGACAAGAAGCUUGCAGAGAAAAAUUUUAUGAAGGUAGCUACUUUAAUGAACGAAAUGAAUAAUGUUGAUGUUAUGAGUUUCUCCGACUUCUUGAAAGAAUUAGAAAUGGAUCUUCAUACUUAUUUAUUGGCUGUGAGGUCAUCAUUAUGUAGUCCCAAAAUUUUUCUCAAACGCUUACCUUGUGAAACAAGAGUCAACAAUUAUAACACUAUUGCAUUAAAAUGUUGGGAAGCAAACAUGGAUAUUCAAUUUAUUCUUGAUCCAUAUGCAUGCGUAUCUUACAUAGUGUCAUACAUCUCAAAAGGACAAAGGGGAUUGUCAAAUUUAUUACAUCAAGCAUGUAAAGAGGCUAGAUCAAGUGAGAGUGAUAUCAGGCAACAGGUUAGAAAAAUAGGAAAUCAGUUUCUUUCUCAUGUAGAAAUUGGAGCUCAAGAAGCUGUAUAUCUAGUCCUGCAAAUGCCUUUAAGGAAAUGCACAAGGUCUGUUGUAUUCAUAGACACAAAUUCAGCAGAAAAGAGAGUUGCUUUAUUAAAAUCUUUCACAGACUUGCAACAUUUACCAAAGAAUUCAACCAACAUUGAGGCAGAUAGUGUUUUGAAGAAAUACAAGCGAAGACCUAAAAAAUUGAAUGACUGUAUAUAUGCUGAUUUUGUGUCCUGGUUUGACACAAUUUAUUCUGCUAGACAAAAUAAAUAUGCAUCUGCAGAGAGUGAAUUGCCUGAAGAUGAUGUUGAAAAUAAUGAUGACACUAUUAGUGAAAGUGAAAGUGAAGAAGAAAAUAAAACAGAAAUUAUAGAAUUUAAAGAUGGGACAUUAUUAAGAAAAAGAAGUAAGCAAAAGGUUCUGCGUUACAACAAGGUAUCAGAAAAUGAAAACAAUGAAGAACAUUAUAGACAGCUGUUAAUGUUGUUUACAUCAUGGAGAAAUGAGGAGUGUGACUUAAUGAAUAAAUGCAAUUCUUUUUAUGAAAGUUAUCAUAAAAUGGAAGAUGUUAUAUUGCUAAAUCAACAGAAAUAUGAAAAAAUUGACCAACAAUUGCUAGAAACAGCAAUUACCGAAUAUUCUGAGGAUUUUGAAAAUUCUAUAAGAGAUCCUGUUUUGCCUCAAAUUGAUCACCAAGAACUCAUUGAUAAUAUUGAAGGCCACCAUCCAUCAAGGAUGUAUGGUUGUUUUGAUCCAUCUGUAAAUGAGGUUUCCAAUUCCUGUGAGCAACCGUGUUCAUAUGAUCUUGGUCAAGACAUUGGUAUCACAAGAAAGCAAUUAGAUGAUUCCUGUUUACCCUUGAAUGAAAUGAGUGAUGAUGCAUUUAGAACACUUGCUCAAAAUCUAAAUCUUCAACAAAAAGAAUUUUUCUACCAUGUAUAUCAUUGGUUGAAGACAGAGACUGAUCCUUUGUACAUUUUCCUCUCUGGAGGCGCAGGAGUAGGAAAAAGUGUAGUACUGCGAGCUUUGUAUCAGGCUUUACUAAAAUAUUACAAUCAUCGCCCAGGAGAAAACCCUGACCAUCUUAAAAUUUUACUUUGUGCUCCAACAGGAAAAGCUGCUCAUAACAUUGGAGGAAACACAAUACACAACACAUUUAGCAUUCCAGUUGGUAGGGGAUUUAAAUUUAAACCUUUAGAUAUGCAGCAAUUGGACACAAUGAGAUGUAAAUACCAUUAUGUCAAGGUGAUUUUCAUUGAUGAGAUUUCUAUGGUUGGUAGUGGUAUGUUCAAUUUUAUUAAUUUAAGACUACAAGAAAUUAGAGGAUGUACAAAACCAUUUGGAGGGAUUAGUGUAGUAGCUGUUGGAGAUCUUUUCCAACUGAAACCAGUGAUGGAUUCUUGGAUAUUUAAACAAAGGUGUGAUGGACUUCAAGUUCUUGGAACAAAUUUAUGGAAAGACCUGUUUUCUUUCUAUGAACUUGAAAAAAUAAUGAGACAGAGGGAUGAUUUAGAAUUUGCACAGCUCUUGAACAGACUUAGGGAAGGAAAUCAUUUGAUUCCAGAAGACAUAGAUAAACUCAAAACAAGAAUUACUGUAAAAGAGAAUCUCUCUGCAUCUGCUCAGAAAUUGCCUCAUUUAUAUACUACCCGUGCUGCAUCAACAGAACAUAACAUGGAAGUACUUGCAAGUGUUUCAGAAGCACAGAAAACAUCAGUUGAUGCCAUAGACAGUAUUUCUGGUGAAAUUUCUACAGACCUUAGAAGAAAAAUUCUAGAUAAAGUGCCUGAUGAUCCAUCAAAAACAAUGGGACUAAAAAAAAAUUUGCAAGUGGGUGUUGGUAUACAAUAUGAAUUAUGUGUAAAUAUAAAUGUUGAAGAUGGAAUGACAAACGGUUCUCCUUGUAUUGUUCAAUUAUUAGAUUUCAGAGUUGAAAACUCCACAAGAUGCAGUAUCAUUUGGGUUAAGUUUGAAAACAAAUCAACUGGAAAGCUUUGGCGUGAAAAAUAUGCUCAUUUAUUUAUUGAAUGCAUUCCUUCACAUUGGACACCUAUUUUAGAAACAACAAGAAGUUUUACCUUACAGCACUAUAAAACUUACUAUGUUACUCGACGCCAAUUUCCACUUCAAGUUGCUGCAGGGAAGACAAUUCACAAAUCACAAGGCUCAACUUUAAAGGGAGUUGUGAUAAACUUUGAAGGCAGAAAAACAGAACAUAUUCAUUAUGUUGGUUUGAGUAGAGUGCAAAACCUGAAUUCUGCAUAUAUUCUCAACUUGAAUUUUUGGCAGUACCCAGAGUACCGAACCUUUGCCUCUCGGUAUGCAACAUUUCAAGACUGGCCAAAAUUUUUAAGGGGACCCAACAAAAAAGACUUGGCUCGAGCAGGGUUCAUCUACAAUCAGACUGGAGAUAAAGUAACCUGUUUUUGUUGUGGAAUGACGCUGAGUGAGUGGGAACCCGUCGACGACGCCUUCCAAGAACAUCAACGCUGGUCGAGAUUUUGUCAGUUUGCUCAAAUGGUGGGCGACGAAAAAAACUAG